GAACUCCGUGCCGAUAUGGAGCAGAAGUUCGCUAACCAGACCAGAUGGUUCGUCGGCUUCAUGUUGUCCGGCAUGGCAAUGUUGACGGCAGUGGCAUUUGGCGCGGCGCGGUUGUUACAAUAGUCGAGAAUCCAACCCGUCAAAUAUGCUUAAUUUGGAGGAACAACGAUGGCACAAACUACCGGACUUGGCCACGUUGGCAUUUAUGCCGAUGAUUUUAUGAAACAGCGGGACUUUUUACUCACGGGUUAUCGGGCUCAUGAUCGCUGAUGAGAACAUGGAGCGGGGCAUGUGCUUCAUGUCUUCCGACCCGGUGUCUGAGCACCACGAAUUCGUGGUGAUGAAGGGUCGCAAGGCCGAGCAGGACACCAACGUAAUCCAGCAGAUUUCCUUCAAGGUACCGACCAUCCAGGACAUGCGCGAGUACAAGGCCAAGCUGGAAGAGGAAGACAUCACCAUCGAGCGGAUUGUCAGCCACGGCAACGCCUUUGGCAUGUACUUCUUCGACCCGGAAGGCAACCGGGUGGAACUGUACUACCGCACCGGCUUUCCCGUCCCCCAGCCUCACGGCGACCUUAUCGACCUCGACCGCACCGACGAGGAACUGAUUGCCGAUGCCCGCCACCUGCUGAUGACCAAGGAGCCAACCAAGUAA